AUGCUAUUGUCGGUGGAAUCUGAGUCGAAUAUGAGGAACGUCAAUAAUAGCGUUGAGACUGUGAACGCCGCCGCUUCCGCCAUCGUCAACGCCGAGUCUCGUGUACAGCCGUCGUCUGUCCAGAAGAGAAGAUGGGCAAAGUGCUGGAGUCUAUCAUGUUUCGGAGCUCAAAAGAACAAUAACCGGAUUGUUAACGCCGUCCUUGUACCUGAACCGGUUGCUGCAUCAUCCAGAGGAGCUCCGGUGGUUACAGUUCAAAACUCAGCGACUUCAACUACAACUGUCCUUCCAUUCAUAGCUCCUCCUUCAUCUCCAGCUUCAUUCCUUCAGUCAGAUCCUUCAUCACUCUCUCAUUCGCCUUCCCUUACCGGCAACACAUUCUCGCCUAAAGAACCUCAAUCUGUCUUCACCGUUGGACCAUACGCUAACGAAACGCAACCGGUCACUCCUCCAGUGUUCUCCGCUUUCAUAACCGAGCCAUCUACAGCGCCGUUCACACCGCCUCCUGAGUCAUCGUCCGUCCACAUAGCUACACCUUCUUCCCCUGAAGUUCCUUUUGCUCAGCUGCUUACUUCUUCGCUGGAGCUGACUCGGAGAGAUAGCAGCAGCGGGAUGAAUCAGAAGUUCUCCAAGUCACACUAUGAGUUCCGGUCUAACCAGGUUUGUCCAGGGAGUCCUGGUGGUGGUAAUCUAAUCUCCCCUGGCUCGGUCAUUUCAAACUCCGGCACGUCUUCUCCUUAUCCUGGUAAAUCAUCACCCUUGGUCGAGUUUAGAAUCGGCGAGCCUCCAAAGUUCUUGGGUUUUGAGCACUUCACUGCUCGUAAAUGGGGUUCGAGGUUCGGUUCUGGUUCGAUCACUCCCGUUGGGCACGGCUCAGGGAUGGUUUCAGGGGCUCUGACACCGAACAGCACGGCAUGGCCUCAGAUCUCUGAGGUGGCGUCUCUGGCUAACUCUGAUCACGGCUCUGAAGUCGUUGUGGCGGAUCACAGAGUUUCUUUUGAGUUAACCGGUGAAGACGUUGCGCGUUGUUUAGCGAGCAAGCUAAACCGAUCACAUGACAGAAUGAACAACAAUGAACCGAUUGAGACAGAGGACAGUGAGAGAAGCAGAAACAGAGCCGUGGAGAGAGUGUCAGGAGAUGUUAGAGAGACGGAACAGCAGAGGAUUCAUAAGCUGAGUUCGUCUUCUUCGAUUGGAUCUAGCAAAGAAUUCAAAUUCGACAACACGAAAGAAGAGAAUAUUGAAAAGGUCGCAGGAAACAGCUGGAGUUUCUUCCCUGGUUUGCGAUCUGGAGUCAGCUAA